AUGACGACCCCGCCGAGACGCUCACAAGCACUGGACAGCUACCACCCUGCCUGCGAGGCUGCCGUCAACCACCAGAUACACCUGGAACUCUAUGUCAUCUAUGUGUACAAGUCCAUGGCUACUUAUUUCGAAGAGAACCAGGUCACCUUGAAGUACGUGGGCAAGUUCUUCUUGGGACAGGCCGCCCAGAUGAAGGAGCACGCGGACAGGCUCAUCCGCCUGCAGAACCAGCGCAGCGGCCAAACCCGCGUGUACAACGGCAACAUCGACACGCCUGACUACAACUACUGGGACAGCGGUCUGAAGGCCCUAGAGCACGCCCUGGACCUGGCCAUGAACGUCAACCAGAACCUGCUGCAUAUCCACCAGCUGGCCGUGGCGAAGAACGACGCCCGCCUGUCGGAUUUCCUGGAGCACAACUGUGUGCAUGACCAGGUGAAAUCCAUUAAAGAGCUCAGGGAUCAUAUCAGCAACUUCCCUGUGUUCCCAAGUACCUCGGAAGACAGCCUGGCGGAGAAUCUCCUUGACAAGCUCUCCCUGAAUGACAAAAAGAACUGA